AUGAGAUUGCAACACGCAGGUUCCUCUUCUACAGCUAGGGAAAUCAAAGAAUUUGCAUAUUGGCUACUUCAAGUAGGUGAUGGAACAGUUAAGACUGUCGAUGAAGAUGAUUCUAUCAUUGAAAUUCCGUCAGAUCUGUUAGUUGGGGAGUCUGACAAGCCUUUACUUGACUUAGUAAAUUUUGCAUAUCCAGAUGUUGUUGCUAAUCUGGAAAACCAUGCAUAUUUUGAACAAAGAGCACUCCUUGCUCCUUCUCUUGAAAGCGUUGAAGAGGUAAACAACUUCAUGAUAUCGGAUGAUGAUUCUGAAAUAGAUGCGGAAUGGUUCACUACAGAGUUCCUAAAUGAUGUUAAAUGCUUUGGACUUCCAAACCAUCGAAUCGUUUUGAAAGUUGGGGUUCCUAUCAUGUUGAUUCGUAAUUUAGAUCAGUCUGCUGGACUGUGUAAUGGCACUCGAUUGAUGGUUACAGAUUUGACGCCGUAUAUUAUUGUUGCUACAGCACUAUCAGGUUCAAAAUCCGGAAAACCGGUUUAUAUUCCGAGGUUGAGCUUGAAGGUGUGA